AGGUAGUGGCGAUGGGGCUGGAGCCAUCAGUAUGUUUUAUACCAGGAAACGUGAAACGUACCACGUUCUCAAAAAAAGAAAUGUCGUUCAAUAAUCAGUUUUCAUUGCUUAUUGUAGGCUGGUUUUUCCUAGUCAUCAGUAGUGCUAUUUAUUUCACCUAUUUCGUCUACUUCCUCCAGCCGGCGACCAACUUAAUCCAUCAAAAACCUGAGUCACGAGCUCGGACGAAUGCCAUGACAGAAGUGCUGAAAUUGGGUGAAGAAACAGUCGAGGACUUGGUAGAGAAAUUAAAUCAAGAAAACCAAAUGCUUAAAGAUAACGUAAACAGGUGUCGAGAAGACAGAACAGGCAUGGUUGCGUUAUUAGAAACUGGACAAGAAAGUCUUGGGCAAAUCAAUACAACUUUAACUGCCAAAAUUGUAUUGUUAGAAGGAGAAUUGAAGCAAGAAAAAGAACAAGCCGAUCGUUUAGCAAAGACAAUCGCGGAAGAGAAGAAAAGUAUUGAAGCAAAUGUAAGGAUACAAAAAGAACUUUUCGAUUUCGUUUCUCUUGUUUCACGUAACGGGCCGUACCCUGGAGUUGCAAAUUACACCACAUAUGCAGUGGCUCGUUUGGGAUUGUUGCCAUUAACCAACGUGGAGCCGCUCGAGCCCGACUUUGGUCCAGUUAUCAACAACGUGACGUCGUUCCAAUAUUCGACUACCAUUCCACCGUGUCGAGAAGUUCGCAUCAACCGCAGUGUUUUCAUUUCUGUUAAUUCAGCUCCUGGCAAUUUCGAAAAACGAAACAUUAUCCGGCAAACAUGGGCAAAGCAUUUGCAAGCUGAAAACGAAAAAGGUUCGCUGGGCGUUGGAGGUUUUGCUUUCAUUUUGGGAUUGGCGGACAAUGAUGUGACGCAAAAUAGAAUCAAAGAAGAGAGUGAGACUUUCGGGGAUAUCAUCCAGGUAAAGAUGUCUGAUUUCUACAGAAAUUUAACGUUGAAAGUUGCCGGUCUGUUGAACUGGUUGCACAGAAACUGUGCCACCAUUGACUUUGUCCUCAAAGUGGACGACGAUGUUUACGUCAAUGCACGUAAUCUAGCAACUUUUGUCCAAUCCUAUCAUCGUUCCAACCACAGCAUGUUUGGCUUAUCGGCUGGAUUCUUCAUUGCUAACAGAGUUGGCAAAUGGAAUAUCUCUUACGAGGAGUGGCCGUGGAAGCAGUAUCCUCCGUAUUACUACGGUCCAGCCAUAAUAAUGCCCGGAAGCACAGUCCGUCCAUUGUUAGCGGCCUUUCAAACGACGCCCUUCAUGCCUUUUGACGAUGUCUACUACAGUGGCAUCUGCACGGAAAAAGCUGGCAUUAAAAUUCACGUUUCAUCCAAUUCGUUCAACGUCUUCGUGAUGAGGCAAUCUCUUGUUCCCGAUGCAUGCGACGUCCGCCGGUUUGUUGCUUGGCUCACCGUUUCCGGCAAUCACAUGAACAACUCUCACGUGGCAACAGAUGAUUUCUACCACAACAGGACCCAGUGCAUCGUGUCUGAUUCGCAUGGAACCAACAGAACAAUCGACUAUAACGAAGCUGUCCAAUUUCUCUUUGUUUAGUUUACAUUAAGGUGUUUGAAAUACAACUACGUAUGUAAAAAUA